AUGGCUAGAGGAAUCUGUACGCCUGGUGCCCGAGGGGUCGGCCAACGCCGCCCUGCCUUCGCCGGCCUCGCUGAGGUGCGGCGCUGCCUUGCGCAUCCCUCCGCUUCUCGGAGCAGCGCUUCGGGGGAAGCCCGUCCCACUGCGUCCCAGAAAACUUGGAUAGAAAAUACUUUCACGAAGAGGGAGUGUGUGUAUAUUAUACCGAGUUCAAAAGACCCCCACAGAUGCCUUCCAGGAUGUCAGAUUUGUCAGCAACUUGUCAGGUGCUGUUGUGGCCGCUUGGUCAGGCAACAUGCUUGUUUUACUGCAAGUCUUGCUAUGAAAUACUCCGAUGUGAAGCUGGGUGAAAACUAUAAUCAUGAAAUAGAAGAAUGGUCAGUGGAAAAACAUACAGAACAGACCUCUACUGAUGCUUAUGGUGUCAUCAACUUUCAAGGUGGCUCUCAUUCUUACAGGGCUAAGUAUGUGAGAUUGUCAUAUGACACUAAGCCUGAAGCUAUUCUGCAACUUAUGCUUAAAGAAUGGCAGAUGGAGCUGCCGAAGCUUGUUAUAUCAGUACAUGGGGGCAUGCAGAAAUUUGAACUUCACCCACGCAUCAAACAGUUACUUGGCAAAGGUCUUAUUAAAGCUGCAGUAACAACAGGAGCCUGGAUUAUAACUGGAGGAGUGAACACAGGUGUUGCAAAACAUGUUGGUGAUGCUUUAAGAGAACAUGCUUCCAGAUCAUCUCGAAAGAUUUGCACUAUUGGGAUUGCUCCGUGGGGAGUGAUUGAAAACAGAAAUGACCUUGUUGGAAGAGAUGUGGUUGCUCCGUAUCAGACCUUGUUAAAUCCAUUAAGUAAACUAAACGUCCUAAAUAAUCUCCAUUCCCAUUUCAUUCUGGUGGAUAAUGGAACAGUUGGAAAGUAUGGAGCUGAAGUUAAGUUGCGGAGAGAACUGGAAAAAACUAUUAAUUUGCAACGGAUCCAUGCAAGAAUUGGCCAAGGUGUGCCUGUGGUGGCACUUGUAUUUGAAGGUGGCCCAAACGUCAUACUCACGGUUUUAGACUUCCUUCAAGAAAGUCCUCCUGUACCAGUGGUAGUAUGUGAAGGAACUGGUAGAGCUGCAGACAUACUGGCAUAUGUUCACAAGCAAACAGAGGAGGGAGGGAAUGUUCCUGAGGGUGCUGAGCCUGAAAUAAUUUCAACCAUCAAAAAGACAUUUAACUUUGGUCAAAGUGAAGCAGUUCAUUUGUUUCAGACACUGCUGGAAUGCAUGAAAAAAAAAGAACUUAUUACAGUUUUUCACAUUGGGUCAGAUGAACAUCAGGAUGUUGACGUUGCAAUACUUACAGCAUUGUUAAAAGGCACGAAUGCAUCUGCAUUUGACCAGCUUGUUCUUACACUUGCGUGGGAUAGAGUCGACAUAGCCAAAAAUCAUGUUUUUGUUUAUGGGCAACAAUGGCUGGUGGGCUCUCUGGAACAGGCUAUGUUGGAUGCCCUUGUGAUGGAUAGAGUUGCAUUUGUGAAACUUCUGAUUGAAAAUGGAGUAAGCAUGCACAAAUUUCUUACAAUUCCCAGGCUGGAAGAACUUUAUAACACAAAACAAGGCCCAACUAACCCAACGCUCUUCCAUCUUGUUCGAGAUGUCAAACAGGGAAAUCUGCCUCCAGGAUAUAAAAUCAACCUAAUUGAUGUGGGACUGGUUAUUGAAUAUCUGAUGGGAGGAACCUAUAGAUGCACCUAUACACGAAAACGCUUCAGAGCUGUAUACAACAGUCUCAGUGGGAACAAUCGGCGAUCAGGACGAAAUCCUUCCAGCACUACUCCUCAGAUGUGUAAAAGCCAUGAGUCUUUUGGUAACAGGGCAGACAAGAAAGAAAAGAUGCGCCAUAAUCACUUCAUCAAGACAGCGCAGCCGUACAAACCAAAGAUUGACACUGGUGCAGAAGAGGGAAAAAAGAAAAGAACCAAAGAUGAAAUAGUAGACAUAGAUGAUCCUGAAACAAGACGUUUUGCUUAUCCUCUCAAUGAGCUAUUGCUUUGGGCAGUGUUAAUGAAGAGGCAGAAGAUGGCCCUUUUCUUCUGGCAGCAUGGGGAGGAGUCCAUGGCAAAAGCCUUAGUUGCUUGCAAAGUGUAUCGUUCAAUGGCAUAUGAAGCAAAACAAAGUGACCUUGUAGAUGAUACUUCAGAAGAACUGAAACAGUAUUCCAAUGAGUUUGGUCAACUUGCAGUUGAACUGUUAGAACAGUCCUUCCGACAAGAUGAAACUAUGGCAAUGAAAUUACUAACCUACGAGCUUAAAAACUGGAGCAAUUCAACUUGUCUGAAGCUAGCAGUGUCGUCAAGGCUUCGUCCCUUUGUGGCACAUACUUGUACACAGAUGUUGUUAUCAGAUAUGUGGAUGGGAAGGCUGAAUAUGAGGAAGAAUUCAUGGUACAAAGUGAUACUGAGUAUUUUACUCCCUCCUGCUAUACUGCUGUUGGAGUACAAGACCAAGGCUGAAAUGUCACAUAUUCCUCAAUCUCAAGAUGCACAUCAAAUGGCAAUGGAUGAUAGUGAAAACAACUUCCAGAAUGCAGCAGACGAAAUACCUAUGGAGGUGUUUAAAGAAGUAAGGAUCUUGGACAGUACUCUAGAAAAGCAUGAUAUGGAGACUCCAGCAAAACCUAAAAGACUUCCAAUUACACAGAAGUUUUAUGCAUUUUAUCACGCACCAAUUGUGAAGUUCUGGUUCAACACGUUGGCUUACUUGGGAUUCCUUAUGCUCUACACAUUUGUGGUUCUUGUGAAAAUGGAAGAGUUGCCAUCUGUUCAAGAGUGGAUUGUUAUUGCUUACAUUUUCACAUCAGCAAUUGAGAAAAUUCGUGAGAUUUUUAUGUCAGAAGCUGGGAAGAUAAAUCAGAAGAUUAAAGUGUGGUUCAGUGAUUACUUCAAUAUCAGUGACACAGUUGCCAUUGUCACUUUCUUCAUCGGGUUUGCAUUAAGAUUUGGAGCAAAGGGGAGUUUUGGUGAAAACACUUACAGAGAAAAUUAUGUCUUUGUUGCUGGAAGAAUAACCUAUUGUCUCAAUAUCAUUUUUUGGUAUGUGCGAUUACUGGAUUUCCUAGCUGUAAAUCAGCAGGCUGGCCCUUAUGUUAUGAUGAUUGGGAAAAUGGUGGCCAACAUGUUUUACAUUGUGGUGAUUAUGGCGCUGGUACUGCUUAGUUUUGGUGUUCCCAGGAAGGCAAUAUUGUAUCCUGAUGAAGCACCCUCUUGGACUCUAGCCAGAGAUAUUGUGUUUCAUCCAUACUGGAUGAUUUUUGGUGAAGUGUAUGCCUAUGAAAUUGAUGUAUGUGCAAACAAUUCUGAUGAAAAAGUUGCUCAUCUCUGUGGCCCAGGAACAUGGCUGACCCCAUUUCUUCAAGCUGUCUACCUCUUUGUACAGUACAUAAUUAUGGUUAAUCUUCUUAUUGCAUUUUUCAACAACGUGUAUUUACAAGUCAAGGCAAUUUCAAACAUUGUGUGGAAGUAUCAACGCUAUCAUUUCAUUAUGGCCUACCAUGAAAAACCUGUUCUGCCUCCACCACUUAUUAUUCUUAGCCACAUGGCUUCCCUGUUCUGUUGUAUAUGUAAAAGAAGAAAGACAGACAAGACUUCAGAUGGGCCAAAACUCUUCCUGACAGAAGAAGAUCAAAAGAAACUUCAUGAUUUUGAAGAGCUCUGUGUUGAGAUGUAUUUCAAUGAAAAGGAUGAUAAAUUUCAUUCGGGAAGUGAGGAAAGGAUUCGAGUCACAUUUGAACGGGUGGAACAAAUGUGCAUUCAGAUAAAGGAAGUUGGUGAUCGUGUCAACUACAUAAAACGGUCAUUGCAGUCUUUAGAUUCACAGAUUGGCCACCUGCAGGAUCUCUCCGCUUUAACUGUGGAUACUCUGAAAACGCUGACUGCACAGAAAGCUUCAGAAGCUAGCAAGGUUCAUAAUGAAAUCACACGGGAAUUGAGCAUUUCAAAGCAUUUGGCACAAAACCUCAUUGAGGAUGGCUCUCUAAGAUCUUCUGUGUGGAAAAAGCAUAGCAUUGGAAAUGUCUUUGGUUCUUUUCCACAAGGAGGCCUUGAAAGUAAUAAUGGUUUGCUCUGUAAUAUUGCUCUACGUGAUGAAAAAGAAGUUCAACAUAAGACAAUUGGUCAGGAGUUAGCUCCAGUUCCCCGAAGAGAAGACAUAAACUUUCAAGAGGCAGGUUCCUCAGGCAGUGCCUUAUUUUCAAAUGCUGUUUCUCCUCCAGAACUUCGCCAACGAAUACAGGCUGCAGAGAUCUCAAAGUCCACUAGUAAAAGUAGAAAAUUAGGCAAUUCAUCCAACAGCAUGCCACAUGUAACAUCCCCAACAGCUAAGUUUUUUGUUAGCACUCCAUCUCGGCCCAGUUGCAAAAGUCAGCUGGAUUCUUCAGCAAAGCAUGAAGAGACUGCUUUCUCUAAGGCUACAGAAGGAGAUAAUAAUGUAGAGUUUGGUGCAUUUGUGGGUCACAGAGACAGCAUGGAGUUAACGCGGUUUAAAGAGGCAGCAAGCAAAAUUAAAGAAAGAAGUGCUGAUAUCGAGGAGCAACAGGAAGACUUCAAAAAAGCUAUAUUGGAGGGCAUGGACACAACCAGACUUCAAGGUCUUCAAAGUAACUGUGGUCUAAGACAAUCUAGUUCUUGUGGUGGGUUUACUGACCCUCUGGGAGUCCAUUCAGAACAAAUAUACAGCAAGAGCAGAAGGCCAUCAAGUGAAGACCCUCAACAAGUAGACUCUAAAGCAGCCUUACUGACGGAUUGGUUACAAGGUAGACCUUCAAAUAGCGGUCAAAUGUCAUCUGAAGAAGAUGCACUGAAUGGCAUCGCUUCUCCUUUCAAGCCUAUCAUGGAUAUAAAUUACUAUUACUCAGCUGUAGAAAGAAAUAACUUGAUGAGAUUAUCACAGAGUAUUCCAUUCACUCCUGUGCCUCCAAGAGGUGAGCCAGUCACCGUGUAUCGCCUUGAAGAGAGCUCUCCCAACAUCCUGAACAACAGCAUGUCUUCCUGGUCACAGCUGGGACUCUGUGCUAAAAUUGAAUUUUUAAGUAAAGAGGAGAUGGGAGGAGGUUUACGUCGAGCUCUUAAAGUAGUAUGCACAUGGUCAGAAUACGAUAUCCUGAAAUCAGGACAUCUCUAUAUCAUCAAGUCUUUUCUUCCUGAAGUUGUGAAUACUUGGUCAAGCAUUUAUAAGGAGGACACUGUGUUACAUUUGUGCUUGAGAGAAAUUCAGCAGCAGAGGGCGGCGCAGAAGCUCACCUUCGCUUUCAAUCAAAUGAAGCCCAAAUCCAUUCCAUACUCUCCGAGGUUCCUGGAAGUUUUCCUUUUAUAUUGCCAUUCUGCUGGCCAGUGGUUUGCAGUUGAAGAGUGCAUGACUGGAGAGUUUAGAAAGUACAACAACAAUAACGGUGACGAAAUAAUUCCAACUAACAUGCUGGAGGAGGUUAUGCUAGCUUUCAGCCAUUGGACAUAUGAGUAUACAAGAGGAGAAUUGCUGGUGCUAGAUCUGCAAGGUGUUGGUGAAAAUCUGACAGAUCCCUCCGUGAUAAAAGCUGGAGAGAAAAGGUCAUAUGAUAUGGUGUUCGGCCCGGCCAACCUGGGAGAGGAUGCGAUCAAAAACUUCAGAGCAAAGCAUCACUGCAAUUCCUGCUGCAGGAAACUUAAACUUCCUGAUCUGAAGAGGAAUGAUUACACACCUGACAAGAUCAUAUUUCCUCAGGAUGAUUCCCCUGAAUUGACAAUUCAGCCUGGAAGCUGCACCAAAGAAUCUGAUUCAGCUAAUUCUAUUCGUCUGAUGCUCUAAUGAUGUGACCAAAUCACUGGCUUCAUCCAAACUUCAUGGAAUGUCACAAAGUUGUCACUUCUCUUUCCUUCACUAUAAUUAAAAGCGAGAUAUGUCAAUCAAGGAUUGCUGUCUUAA